AUGUGCAAUGUCGGUCUCACCACGAUCAAUCUUGGCUCUAUCAGUGGCUUUCAGCAAUCGGUCCUGUUUGUCGACAUGCUCCUGGGCGAUCUGUCUCUAGUCAGCAUAUCUGUCGUGAUUACCCGCCGCUACUUCUUCAACAAAUAUAUGACAAACUUCUUGCAGCACUCAAAAGCCGGACGCAGAGUCGCGAACGACGUGGAGCGAAACAGCUCGGCUUCUGGGUCUUCAGCUCAAUCAGAUUCAUCAGGUCAGCGCCGUCGACUACUCAAGGCAAGUGGGGAUCUGCACAAGAGAUCACCUGUGGUAAAAGAGACGAAGAGUGAACACAGAUACGAUCAGCCACAUCUUUCUGCUUAUGGAGGGUUUCCAGCACCGUGGCACAGCGUAUACUGGCGCAAAGUAUGGCGAUUCUUCGAGUCAAGGCUUAGUAGUCAAGAGCCUCGUGAUCACCACUAUCUAUCUUUCAGACCAAAGCUGGACCAGAAAGGACGAUUCCACUCAUUGACACGACAACAGCAGAGAGAGGUUGGUGGCGUCGAGUUCCGUGCUCUUAAUCUUCUUACUUGGCUACUGCCAGCCUACUCAAUUUUCUGGAUGGCGCUUGCGUGUAUUGUAUUAGCACUGUAUGUACAACAUACGAGUACGAGCAAUGUGAUCCGAGGAGCGCAACCUGGUAACCUCAAUCCGGGCUGGUGGUCAAUCUUCGCUUCUGUUUCUGCAUACACUAAUUGCGGGCUCAACCUGCUCAACGACAACAUGAUACCACUCAAGGACAACUAUCUAGUCCUUGUUUUCAUAGCCGUGACCAUCUUAGCGGGAAACACGCUCUAUCCCAUCUUCCUGCGAGCUAUUAUAUGGCUUUCGCUGAAAGCUGUUCCUGAAGACUCGGAGAUGCACCACAGUCUGAUGUUCCUACUUCACCAUCCACGAAGAUGCUACCUAUUUUUAUUUCCACGCAAGCAAACCUUGAUACUGUUGCUUGCGCAAGUCGGCAUUCACUUGGUUGCUUGGUUAAUGUUCGUUAUCCUCAAUAUCGGAUACGCUCCAGAGGGACAGCAGAUGUCGACAGGGCUCCGUUGGUUCGAUGGCCUAUUCCAAGCACACGGCCUGCGCGAAUCAGGCUUUUACAUCAUACAGAUGUCUGACAUCGCUCCAGCUUUACAAUUCGCGUACAUGAUCCUUAUGUACACCUCUGCGAUGCCACUGAUCAUGUCCAUUCGCACGACAAACGUGUACGAGGAGCGUAGUAUAGGUCAAGAAGACGAGAAUAAGUGGCAGUCUGCGCUCAAAGAUCCGGAGAAGCAGGAAGCAGCAUCAUCGACGUUGAGUCAGCAUCUUCAGAAGCAGCUCUCUUAUGAUUUGUGGUGGAUCCUCGUCUGUGUCUGGCUUGUGUCAAUCAUUGAGCGGUCGAAGUUGGCACCUUCCCCAGCUGCUGUGAGCACGACACUCCAGACAACAAUCUCAGCUGGCCCUACUCCUGCUCCCGGGUUCUCGAACGGCCUCUUCGCUGUUCUAUUUGAGACAGUAUCGGCAUACGGUACAGUGGGCCUGACUCUUGGUUUACCUUAUGACAGCUACAGUUUCUGCGGUGCAUGGCAGCCACUAUCGAAACUGAUCUUGAUGACUGUAAUGCUGCGUGGUCGUCAUAGGGUACUGCCUAUGGCCAUUGACCGCGCUGUGCUUCUGCCAGGACAAGACAUUAUGGAAGAGCUCGACAAGAAAUAUAGAGCUGAUGAGGACACAGACGGCGAAGAGGAAAGAGAUAUUGAAGAGGUUCGUGAGGAAGAGAGGGGCAGUGAUCAUGAGGCCGAGGAAGGGGAAAGCGAUGAAGGCGAGCGAGAAGAAACUUCGGAAGCGACUGAAGAGGCACAACAAAAGCAGGCACGGCGGAGGAAGCAGAAGCAAACAGAUCAAAGUGAUGAAGUGAGGUCGUAG